AUGAUCGCCGGCCUCCAUCCCGAUUCCCCUCGUGACGUUAGGGUUUUUGGGGUUUUGGUCCUUUCCCCCAUCUUUCCCCUCUCUGAAGCUGCACAACUCUGGGUUGGGUUGUGAAGCGAGCGAGGGGUAAAAAUUGGUCCGGAUGUUCAGUCCAGAAGGGGAACCGUAAUGGCCAGACGCGUUUCUCUGGACUAAAUGGAAUCCCGGGAGGCAGUACCAAAAGGCAAAAGUUGCAAUCAGCAUAGUCGUGAACUAUUAGUGUGUCAGACGACAGAGGAGCUCAAGACAUGGAAGCUGAACGAACAACAGCAACAAAUAGUCGAUGCCAGUGGGCUCGGCAAUCUGAUACACACGGCAGAUCUGAUCAUCGACUGCGCUGUGCAGCCUGUGCUCAGGGCAUUCUGCGAGCUGUGGAGCAAAGAAACAAACACAGCAAGGUUCUAUGACUUUGAAAUGGCGCCAUCACUCAGGGACACAGCCUACAUACUGGGGAUUCCAGUGGUAGGCCAUGCAGUGACCACCGGUGCUGUGCUCAACAUGUCAUCAGAACAGCUUUUCUUGCAAUACUUGGGUCAAGCUCCUGAUUGCAGCCACUACAAGGGUAGUCGUGUGAAGCUCUCUUGGUUACACUCCAAGUUUAGCCAGCUCUCAGAGCAUCCCACUGAUGAAGAAAUUGUGUACGGCACAAGAGCAUAUCUACUGUACUUGAUUGGAGCAACUCUGUUUCCGGAGAAAGAAAGGGGCUAUGUCUCCCCAAAGUACCUACCGCUCUUGUCGGACUUCGAUAAGGUACGAGAGUACGCUUGGGGCGCUGCUGCUCUUGCUCAUCUUUAUAGGGCUCUCUCUACAGUGAUGUCUACCGCCAUAAAAAGACUAACCGGCAGCGCGGCUCUGCUCAUGGGAUGGAUAUAUGAAUAUAUUCCAGAAAUGCGCCCUGAUACGGAUGAUGCUCCAGCACACGUCUUCCCACGAGUGUGCAGGUGGAGAAAGCGUGCAAUCUCCCAACCGGCAAAUGAAGUUUUAGAUAUCAGAAAAGCUUUCAGUCAUCUUCGAGUAUCGGAUGUCAACUGGGAACCUUAUAAGCACAUGGAUCCUGCAUCCAUUCCCAACAUCUGUGUUGCACCUGAUAUCGUCUGCUGCUCCAGAACGUGGCUGAUCAGUUUUAACGUGAGGGAAGUACAUGUCCCAGAUCGGUUUGCUCGUCAGUUUGGUCAAGAACAACAUCAGCUCAAUGAUGUUCUUGGGCACCAACGACGUCAGUGGAAAGCAUCAGUGGAUUGGAGCCUCGAAUAUGCAUCGGAGAUCAAACUUUUCGAGCAAUUGGUCAGUGCUACUCGCCAUGAUCAUACAACAGUUCCUGCCACCUGUAAUACUACCAAACGUGUUUUCACCUCAGCUAACACGGCACAGGAAUUUCAUGAUCUCAAUCUGCGGACAGUGGUGGAGAGCAUCAAGGAGGAGUUCGGAACCAUAAUGCGAUUUCUGGAGCCACAGUCAUUUCGCAGCGAGGUAGCAACAUCGUUUGCUCGGAUUCGUGAACUACUCGAGGCUGCUCACUUGAAGGAAGGCAAUGUCGAUUCUCGAGGUGGUGGGACCUCAGAGCCUGUGUUGACUACACCACACCCUCCUGUCAUACCAGCCUGCGAACAAGCGGCCACUGGCACAACAGAUGACCAAACGACGGUAGCCCAGGCUGUGGAGCCUGUGCCUGAUGAAGGGAUGCAGAACGACAGUGAUCAACCUGCGCCACAAUGCCGUGACACGCCGAGGGAGCAGGAUGUGGCGGACGUGUCUGGCACGCUUGGGGAAGAGGGGGCAGUUGAAUGGAGAGAGAGCAGCGAGGAGGAGGACAAUGCUCGGAUCCGUGACCUACGCGAGGCUUCUUCUUUGAGAAUGGACCCUGGGAGGCGCAUCAAUAUUUAUAGAAGAAGAGCCAAGAAAGGCAACGUUGCAACGUCACGGCAACAAGGGGUGCAUGCUUCCCAAACAAAAGCCUACUCUCCCGGCAUCCACCACUCAGGCGUUGGCUCCCGGAAGCCGAACGCCUCUCCUCUCAGUCACGCCCAUCUCCCAUUCUCAGCUUCUCACUUGACUGAAGGCAAUGUCGCCAUCGAUUCUCGAGGUGAGGUGAGCUCACGACCUGAUUUGACUGCACCACACCCUCCUGUCAUACCGGUGGGCAAACAAGGGGCCGCUGGCACAAUGGGUAGCCCAGCGACGGCCCAAGCUCGGGAGCCUGUGCCUGAUGAAGGGAUGCAGAACGGCAGCGAUCAACCUGCGUCGGAAUGCUGUGACACGCCGAGGGAGCAGGCAGAGGGGGACAUCUCUGGCACGCCUGGGGAAGAGGAGGCAGUCGAAUGGAGGCUGAGCAAGUGCAAUGUGGCCGUUGAUGCUCAAGGUGGGGGGACCUCACGACGUGAGUUGACUGCACCACACCCUCCUGUCAUACCAGUGUGCGAACAAGCAGCCACCGACACAACAGGUAGCCCAGCGAGGGAGCAUAUGCCUGAUGAACCGAUGCAGACCGGCAGCGAUCAUCCUACGCCGGCAAGUUGUGACACGCCGAGGGAGGAGGAGGUGGGGGAUGCUUCUGGCACGCCUGGGGAAGAGGAGGCACCGGAAGAGAACGAGAGCAGCGAGGAGGAUGUGGACGAGAGAGGGGACAAGGGGCGGAAGCGAACGCGACAGUAUGCGGAGAGACGAGGCGGCGGGCUCCGAAGGAGCAACCGACGCUGCGUGCAGGUCAAGAGGUUCAAGCACAAAGGUGGUAAAGGGUCCGUGGCCUCUGACCCCAUCGUGCUGUGACUGAUGCAUUCAGGAUCCCACCAUCAUUCGCCAUUCGCCGCCUGAACCUUGCAUCUACUACUGUUUUUAUUUCUGGAUUUGAUAUGCGUCGCAUUUUAUGUUGCUCCCUCGUACUGCUUAAAUUUCCUGUGGUUUGUACUAUGUUUAUGUAUUCCGGGAUGUGGUAUUGUGGACGUGGGCCAUUUCUCUACUUGGCUACUGGCAAGAACUAGUGAGAUUUUGCGUCGGCAUUGCCGUCUGUUGCUUGUUUACUGGGA